UUUUUAUGACUGUCGGCUCGUGAUGAAGAAAUCAAAGAUGGCGGACUUCGAGGUAGCACUGACAACAGAAUCAUCUGGAGAUAACUUCUGUGUAUCCUUAUGGGAUUUAAACUCAGGUAUGCAACUAAAAGCUUACAAAGGAGGAAGUUGCCAAGCGAGAUGCGUUUCACUUCUCGGUAAAGAUUAUAUCAUGGCAUCACAGUCAAAUAAACCUAUAAUCCACACGUGGAGCAUGGCUAAGGAGUCAGUUCUCACAAAAUUAAUCUGCCCUGGUAAAGUGACAGCCAUAACAUGCUCUCCUGAUGGUAACCACUGUGUGGUGGCUUGUGGUGAGAAAAUUUAUAUUUGGCAGGUUGCAAGUGGCAAUUUACUUGGGUUACUUUCAAGACACUUCCAGCGAGUCUCAUGUCUGAAAUUCACCGAUGAUGGAUCUCAUUUCUUGUCAUCUGGUGAUGAUAAUUUAGUGAUGGUGUGGAAAAUGGCAAAGAUUUUGUCUGGUUCAUCAAACAGCGUAGGAACUUCAGAUGAAAUACGAACUCCAAGGUACACAUGGUCUGAUCAUGCCCUUCCUGUCACUGAUAUCCAUUGUGGAUGUGGGGGCAUGAGAGGUCAUGUGAUCACUUCAUCCCUUGAUCAAACUUGUAAGUUGUACAGCCUGAGUUCUGGUGAACUUUUAUGUUCAUUUGUGUUUGAUGUUGGAUUAGCAGCUGUGACAAUGGAUGCUGCAGAACAGAACUGCUUUGCAGGAGGAACAGAUGGCAACAUCUACCAAGUAGAGCUUUUUAGAAGGGGGAUGAAGAAUAACAUUCACUUGGAGAAAGAAGAAGCCCUCAUCUUCAAUGGUCAUAGUAAACAAGUCAACAGUUUAGCAGUUUCUAUGGAUGGAACUCUGUUAUUGUCUGGCUCUCAAGACCAGACUGCACGUGUUUGGCAUGUUCCUAGUAGGCAGUGUCUCAGAGUUGUCAACCACAAAGGUGCAGUGACCAACUCUCAGAUAAUUCCAAAACCUUUACACCUGGAAAACCCAUCUCCAAAAUCAUCCCUUGCUCCGAUCCAGCCUCUAAAACGGCACGUGCAUGUACCGAAUCGAUCACGUGAAAAACACGUCGCCGGUCCCGCGGGAACAAGUGAUGGCGAUUCCAACUCUGACGCUAUUCUUAUGACGCUGAAGGGAAAAAUAAGCGAGGAAAAUAGUUCGGAAAAAAGGAAAAGAUUUGGGGACAGUGUUGCGCUACCUCUGCUUGCCGAGGUCGCAGAGUUUGAAGGGCAAGGAACUGCAACAACAGGAAAAAGACAACUUUCGCGACGAGAACUUGAAGAGGAAUUAGAAAACGUUAAACGGGUGAACAAACAUUUUUACAAUUUUGCCGUGAGAGAAUUGAUGGAUGAAGUGUACCAAGCAACCAGAAAAGGGACAACGUGAAGGAACGAACGCUUGUUGAGGUUUCCAAGAUGGAAUUUGUGCUUCCUGUUUCCCAAGGAAAGCCGUACUAUUGAGAUUGGAUCGGAAAGUUCUCAAUCCUUGUUUCCAGAGGCUGAACCGGUCAAAACAAGAAAGAAUUUCGCCAACGUAAAAGGUUUAUCUUCCCUGUAACUUGCUGAAAGACAUCACCUCACGGCGACGACAUUACGUUCGUCUGUAAAACCACUGAAGUACUACGCUCGUUGUAAAUAUGGUUUGCGGUUAAAUUUUACUUUGCAAGAAAUAACAACCAAGCAAACCGCUUAGAACGCAUGAAAACACGGGCGACCAAUUCGUGCUUGGUGUUAGUUUUGCAUCGGAUUGGUUAAGAAAGUGGUGCGAGUUUUCUGAAACAAUCACAGAGCGAAAAAAAAAAUCCCCAGAUUGCUUUCGUCAAUUUUAAUUAAAUCGAGUUUAAUUAACUUAAAAUUAAAAUUUACCCCAACUGACUUGCUGUCUCGAUGAACAGAUAAUAUUUAGUUGACUUCAGAAAUAAUGGUCAUCUCCCCUCUUUACGGUGUAUGUUUUUAGGGACUCGAUUAUAUUUAUUGGAACAGGUUAGAAUUGUCAGAAUCUUGGUUACAUUUCACUUAAUUUAAAUAAGAUGAACACUGUAACUUCAUAAAGGUGACUGAGUGCGCAUUACAUAUGUACUCUCAUGCUUAGCUGUGAUUGGCUAGAAUUCCAAAGCAGUGAUUGGUACAUCUCCGAAUUAGGUUCCCUCUACGCACGGCUCUCCUGCUGUUGUGUUACUUGAUCGUCGACAACCGAGCAUCUAGGAUUUCUAUUCCACUGUCCCUGUUGAUGGUGUUUGGGUGAGGUAAUAUGUAGAUCGCCGCAUUCACCCUACGUGUGUAGAAGUGUGGAUCAAGUAAUGCAGACCGUCAUUUUGGCCAAUUUUCCGGAAAGAUGUUAGAUAAGAAUCACAAUGGUCCAGCAAAACGGUGACAGGUUAUGUGUUCAAAGGGUUGAUGAAAAUUUAAGAAAAUCACACAGAUUAAAUUUUUUUUCGUGAAA